ACACGUGGGUUGAUUCUAUGUUCUAUAUGACCGUUGAAGAAGUGGAAUAUAAAUGAGAGGAUUUUAUGUCAUAUUUCAUUCCCGAAUGGUCUCUCGAAUACCACAGACGAUGAUACAAUGCAUGAAGACGAUGGGGUUAAGCAUCGUUACAUAACAGCGUCGUCUGGACCGGUACUUGUUAGAAUAUUGUGUCCGCGGAACCCGCAACGAAAAUGGUUUGUAAAUCUAAAAAGAAAUCACAGGAUGAAACUGUCACGAUUGUGCCAUCACAACACAAACAGAGCUCGCAUGAGAAAGACAAGGGAUGCAGAAACAAUCUGGCAUCGAAGUAUAUAGAACACAUGCCCUACGUUUGGGACUGCAACUCUCGAUUAGCGGUCUGGUCUGAUGUUAAGGAGGUCCUAUUCCCGUCCUGCUCCGACCCAGAAUGUGACAUUGUACUAAAUGCUCUCAAAAUUGUCAGUAGGUAUCCAUGGGAAGACAGCAAGAUGCAACCCUGUUCCCCGAAACAACAGAUGAAUUUUCUAAGGAACUUCCGGUUGGUGCCUUCCGGUACACUUCUUGUGGAUCUCCAGUUCGUGAAGGACAAGAUCGAUGAACUGUGGGAGAUGGUCUGGCUCAAACAUGGUACUUCACUCGAUGUCAGUAGCAGGCGAUGUCACUAUGUGACGAUGCAGUUGACGCAUCGCGCUGAUAAUGCUCAGAGUUCCUCCGACAGAGGACCUUCAGAAGAACAAACCAAUAGUCAAGAAUGCAGUACUGGCAUGCACGGUUCGGAAUAUAAACCAAGAGAAUAUCACGGUUUGGCAGAUACACUAGAACACAUAGAAGAGGAUGAGAAUACACAGAGAGAUAUCGAACACAAUGCUGAUACUGAUGUCCUGCAUGUUAGCCAUUCACACAAGAACUCAAGCAUACAUCAAUUGGACAAUGACUGUCUUAUUGAUUGUUCACCAAGGAAACGGCAACAAAUGACUGAAGAAAAGUCCGAUCAAGACAAGUCUUCUCCACAAUAUAGAUAUCCAACUAUUGAAACGAUGAAAAUAAUACCCAGAAGAGACCAAAAGGACACUAGCAAGACAAAACAUAACGGUUAUACUAUCAUGCCUGUAGUAAAAUCAAGUGACAAGGAUUGCGACGGUCAAACGUUCCCUUCCGGUGCGGACAUUUCAGCUACCUUCCCGCAGCUCCAUGAUUACCUUGACAGAUUGACGAGCGAGUUUGUAGUCGGUCAUACGGACAUGUCCAGCAAUGAAAUCAGGCGCUGUUCGUGUAUUGAAGGCAGAUGUUUCACAAACUGGAAGAUAAAGAGACAUGGUUGGAACCUACCUUGGCAACACAUGACAUCAAAGGAUAUGCUCGUUUCGUGGGAUUCGGUGGUGGUAGAACUCCAACGUUUGGCGAGGAAUGCAGUUGAUGUGAACGACAUCUUCCCUAUAUCUGCAUCGGGUUUGAUAAGUUUCAAGGAUCCGUUUUUAUGCCUUGGCGAUAACAGCAAUACAUCCGCUACAAACGUGAUAUCCACGUGGAAUUUUUCAGAACAAAUAGGACCAUCAAAUGCGGAAAAAUAUAUAAGUAAAAUCACACUUACAAAAUUGGAGCCAGCACCUUUGAAAAAUCCAGCAAGAUUGUACGACCUGUGCCAGGCGCAGAUUAAGUCAUGCAAUGAACAGAAAUCUGCUCCAAGAUACCAAGUGUUUCGUCUGGAAAGGAAGAACGUGAAUCCAACGGUGAACAGACAUCUUGUACAAGAACAGGGAAACGCUAUCCUCAUUCCUUUGUUAAAAGUCCCCGCUAAUUCCAAUGCACCAAAUAUCAAAAAAGAAAGCAUAGUUGUGCGUGAUUUGAAGCGGACCACACUUGAUACAGGAAGUAAAAAUAAUCCAACACUACUCCGUGUUCCCACAUUACAAACAUGUACUAGGACAAACGCAACAAAUAGCACUGCAGACAUGGUGUUACAUGCUAAGGCAGAUAUAUAUACUAGCACCCCGAGAACAAAUAUUAUUUCACAAAAAACAGGAAAUGUUGAUAAACAGCCAAAGAAAAGACAAAGAAUAAAAAGUCCAACAGAGGCAGCAACACUCACUCGUGUGAAAACGGUAAAUAAUCUGGAUACAAACCAGAACGCAUUGGAUAGCAACUCUAGUGAUAAGAAUAUUGAUGGACCGACUUUAACACAGCUAUUGUCACAUCCGCUACCGACGGAGAGGCUAUCAGUUGCUCAACAACUGUCAUCAGUGACUUGCAAAUACAGUUCCAUGAAUCAGAAUGCACUCUAUCGGAACAGUAAUGAUACACGACAGAGUGCAAUGUCAGGGUCUGCCAAACAACCAGUACGACGGUCUAAUCUUUUCAAAUACUCGACCUCGCGAUCAAUUGAUCCUUUGGACAGGGUUCCUUGCUUCAGUGGAAGUUCAACUCCUGGCGAGACAUUUCAUCAUUUGCAGAAAUGUGCAUCAUUUCCGAAAAGGACCUUUGAAAAGUACAGAGGCGUUUGGGAUCGAAUAUCAGGUGCUUCAAGUGAGCAAUCUGGUAGCAGGAAGCUACAUGCUACUGUGGAGCCAUUCAAAUCGUGCGAGAGGAUCACUACCGCUACAUCAAACUCAUCAACUAAGUCUACACCACAAUGGAACAUUGACCAAAUCAUCAAAGAACAUCCCCGGCGAAUAAAAGGUGACUCAUUGUAUGGAAUCAGUCUUAAAAAAACUCAGACUCGCUAUGCCUCGCAACUACGAAAAACCUCUAGCGAAAACGCCACCAAAACACAAUGUAAUAAGUCAAACUCUGAGAGCAACACAACGCAAUACAAUAAGUCAUGCAUUGAGAGUCACCAGAGACGGAAUAUCAAUGAAGUUCUUCCAAGUUUAGUAAAGCCGAAAACUUUGAUGCCGCCAGUGCCUUCUGUUAAAAGAAGCGAGGCGGACGAAUAUCAGAAGAAGGAAGUAUGGUACAGAAAUGAAUCCGUCAGUAGGCCGAAUACCUAUGUUCACGCAGAUACCCUACUUGAAAUGGUAUCCGCAAAUCCGUUCAAUCAGACUGUCGAGUCCAUGAUGGCUCUACGACAAUUCAACUGUGACAUUGAUCUUCUGUAUGGAAGUAUUUCCAACGGGACAAUUGGCCCAAGAUCAUCGCCGUUGCCGAAGAUUGACACCGACAGAGUGCCUACAUUUCUUCCAGAUAUGGCGGGGAAUUCCGAUAUUAACUUGUGUUAUCAGCAUGCCCAGACACAUAUCUCAAUGGCCAGUGAAUCGGACAGCAAUGAAGAAAUCCCUCCUAACAAAAACAUUGAUGAUAGAAAUAAUACAAGAACAUCACAAAACGUACAUAAUGAAAGGAACACCAAGAGUUGUUCAAUCAAAACUAAAACGGAUGUUUCCAUAAAAGACGCGAAGGAAAUGUCAAACCAAAGCAAACACUGUGCAACUUGUCAGACGUCCAACGGAAUUAGAACAAGCCCACAGCAAAAAAUCAAGAGAGAAAUUGCGCCAGGCGUUGACAAUACUUCAGAUGAACUUCCAAGAUUAUCAAAAAGUGAAAACUGCAUAAAAACUAAGGGGUUCAAAAAGCAAAAUACAUUUGUGUGUAAAAGUGCAUCAAAUCCUGGUCUCCCAUCAAGUAAAUACAAAGUCAUGGUGAAUGAUUUGACCUUGACGUUUACAAGAUUGAAAGACAACAAGAAAAAGACGAAAGAUGACGAUGAUUGGCAUACGCACAAACAAGGUAGCAAAGAAUUAAAGACUGACAAAGAGUGCCAAACUAACUCAAAGGUGGAAGCCGGAGGAAAAAUGCAUCGUGGUGGAACCACAUUUGAACAAGUAAACAUUGAUAGUCAAAAGCAGCAAUCGGGUUUGGAAAAGCAGAAACAGAAAGGCAAAGGUGAUGAUGAAUUGGUCGUUGGUAUUUCUGACAAAAGAACGAAAUCAUCCACUCAAUGUCACAAACAGACUACUAGUUGUUGUCAAAGAUAUGAUGUGGACAAAAUUGCAAAAUCGAUGGAAUCAAAGUUCAGAAAUGAAGAGACGGGCCCUAUGACAGACAGUCACAUGGACGGUUUUGGUAGACCUGUGCUGCAUUUACAUAAUAAAAAACGAUGGUUGAUUGAGUACCAGCAGAAUACCAGCAAUACCUUGGAUAGUGUGAAGAAAGAGAUUCAAACUACUCAACAUCCAGAGGAUUUAUAUGGCAUGGUCUCGUGUGAUUCAGCUACCGAUGAGAGUCUUAGAAGUACUGUUUUGGAAUCGGAUUUUCAAACUGGAACCUUACUUCCUGAUGGUAGUUUUAAGGCAGGAUAUGAAAUCAAUUUAACAAGAGAAGACCGAGUUCAUGAAAGGAAAAUACCGUCGAUUACAUCGGGCGAAGAAAGUGAAACACUAAUGGAAAAUGUUGAUGUUGAAGGUAGUUUAUCUAGAGAUACAGCGUAUUCUGACAUCACUGAUCUAGCAUCGUCUGAUGGAAUUUUACUUGCCGAUAAUAAUGAACUCGGUUUGAUUGAAGAAGUCGUUGUCAAUGUCGCGUCAGUUUCAAUGACUGAGGUCACAACCCAAGAGGAAAAUACACAACCUGCAAUUGCCGAAAAAGAAGAAAACAUUCAACAAACUAAAAAUGAUUUAAACAUGCAAACGAAACACAAAGAGGCCACUGACCCAGAGUCCUGCAUUAAAGAUGAAACAAAUACCUCGUUUGAAGGAUCAGUAUAUGUUUUUAAUGACAGCAAGAAGAGCGGUUCCAGAAAAGGUUCUGCCAGUGGUGUAAAUAUAAUACGUAGGAGUGUCCGACAGCAUCUUAGUCCAAGAAAAUCAAUGGCGGAGGUAUCCGACAAGACGAUUUAUAGUGGGAGUGAACGGACAACGUCUGUUAAUACUAAAAGGAAGGGCAAGAAAUCAGGGAAAACAAAAUCUGCUUCUAAGUCCAAAGCACAGCUUUGUGCUGCAAAGGAAACUGCAACAAAUGAUUCGUUAAACAUGAAGGAUCAGGAGAAAACCCUGGAAGCGUCUUUCGGUAAAUCGUGUGUAGUUACAGAUAGAUCAAGGGAAAACACAAUUGUGAGGGCAAAACAUGCUGACAGAUCCCCGGAAGGCACAACUAGUAAGCCUUAUACUGUUGCCAUGGAGACAGACAAAAUCAGGGAAGGUACUGCAAGGAAACCCGGAGAUAAAGCUUCGAAUAUAAUUCCUAAUAUAGAUAGGAAAUCCGCUUCAUGUCAUGCUAAAAAGGAAAUCGAACCUCCGAAUCAUUAUAAAGUAAAACAAAGGAACAUUACUAAACAGGACAUGACGACUGCCAACAGCAAAAUACGACACUUGACUGCAGAACAAAAACGAAUGCUGGACAUCAUUAAUCUUUCCUCGUCAUCAAGAUCAAAACCAUCGCCAGAAUCUUACUCACUACAAUCCCCUCAAAGUAUAGCAGACAGCUCGACCAUGAGUUCUUCUUCAUUCAGUUUUGUCCCGAUUUACACAAAGGAUCACAUGUGUAAAGGAGGUUAUGCCCAUUUGGAAGGUGUGACGUGCCCAUACGUCAUGAUGAACGGUUACAAGUUCGUGGCUAUCCAAGAUGUCCUUAGAAUGUUCCCACAGUGUGGCAAGACAUGCAAAGUCAUCAGGAAUGUCCUCGUCAAAUACAGGGGUCUGUCCCGUACUUUUUGUGACAGGGACCAGGUGUACCUGCUGGACCAACUGUUUGUUCUGAAAAGAAGAUCGGUAAAAUCAGGAGACAUAUUAAUCAGGGUUGAUUCCCUAGUUAAACACCUUCCGUCGAUCAGGGAUCAUGUUAGGGAAGAACAUCUCAAUCUCCGCCGACAGGGGAAGACAACUCUUCAAUGUGUUCAGCAGCAAACCUGACAUUCCAAAUUGGACAAAACUACUUUUAUAGAUAUUUUUGUAUUUGUUUCGCCUAUCAUAAACACAACGUGCUGAAUAUUGGGAACUGUCAACGUACAGCGGAAGACGAAGAUAAAUACAAUAUACGUGAUUAUUUUAAGGAUGUAAUUCUAA